AUGACGACGCUCGCGGCGCUCCUUCUCCUGUUCGCCAUCUCCAUCGUGGUGACAUCGCAACGCCUCGCGCUGCAGUUUCCCGCUACACAGUACAUCGACGAAGACGUUCAGGAGAAGGCUUUGCCACGUGCUAUUACCGCAAACACAGUUGGCGCGCUGGCCCCGCAGGAAGGAUUGGCCAAGGAGUCGACCCCUGGAACCCGGCCCGCGUGUGGCUCCGUGUACUACACGUUCUGCGAGCGGGCCCCACGAGAGUUCCAUUACCGGCGUGCAGCCAACGCUUGCGUCGAGACGGACGUGGUUGACGUGGCCAACGUCUGCAACCGGGGCGCCAACCGGUUUUCCACGCUGGACCUCUGCUUGGAGAGCUGCGUAUCCGCCGAGCAUCCCGCUGAGGAGUGCUUCGAGAGGCCGCUCUUCACUCGCUGCGCCAGGCAGGACGCACUGUCCAGCUGGUGGCAAUUCGAGGCCGGCAAGUGCGUGCUUUGGACGUUCCCUUCGGGCGGCUGCCCCGCCAACGGCAGCGCCGUCUUUCCGACAGCCAAGGAGUGCGAGGAACGCUGCGGUCAUCGCGGAGCGGGCUGCCGGCGUCCCGAGGUGGUGGCGUGCGGCCGGCGCCACCUCCGCUACCCGUACUUCGCGCACGUCUACGCCGGCGAAGGUCGCGUGCGCUGCCUGCGCUCUUCCGAGACUCUGAUGCACGGGCACCAGUGCCUCGCCGGCGCCAACCGGUUUCGCAGUCGCGAAGCUUGCCACGCGUCUUGCAAGAAUCGGCCACCGCCCGUUGGUUAGGCGCGACGUUUUGCUAGUUCUUCUGUUCCACCGCCGACAUUGCAUGGCCACCGCAAGUGCAUUAUUUUCCCGUUCCGUUUCUCAAGUUUUGCAGCUUUAAGCAGCGUUCAGCUGAAGUGCGUUUUAAUUUACAUUCUCCCGACUGUUGGGCUAAAUUGCGCUAUAUAAAAAGUACUUUUGCCUGGCACAGCAUGCGAUCCCAUCAUCUAUGAGACUAUUAUCAACGUUCUCAAAGAAUAAAUGCACAUAAUAAACGUCAUGAAGUGCUUAAGCUAUGCGAUCGCACACGCUAACAAUCCAGCAUGUCGCCCUGAAGGACCCAUCAGCAGGCCCCAAAGAAAACUUCAGUUAUACGCUGUAAGGUGUUACUUGUCCUCUAGGGAGCGUUCUGCCACAAAAAAAAAGAAAGAAAAAGAAAUUGAAAUCGGCUAAUUAAUAGCCGAGAUAGAUAUUUCAGUGCCGCGAACCUAUGAUUCCAGGAGGCGAGCUUCACUUGCCCCGUCUAAAGCCCCUCCAUACACGUUUCCGCCGGCCAGAAAGCGGCGGUAACGCGUGGAUGGAGGGGCUUUAGCCCCGUCUAGCCUUCGCAAGCUAAAUUCCUUCCCUGCAUUCUUGCGUUCUCCCA